AAUUGUGAUUGUCAAAUUGAUUGUAUUUCAUAAAAAAAGUGUCUGAGAAAAUCCUACAAAUAAUUUUGCCCCUCGCAUGUCCCCUUAAGUUAUCUCUUUUUAUCUCCCUCCUCAUUCGACUCACAUGACGAAAGAGAUAGAAAUGAAAACGGAGACAUGCAACGGGAGCAUAGAACUUAUAUUCAAAAUGCUGGACAAAAGCAUUUAUAUAAACAAGCAUCCUCUUGCGUUAAUCAUUAUAUUUGGCAAGCAAAUCCACACCGUCUGCUUCAUGCAAAUCAUACAACUCUCAAAUAUAUACCAGUAACGAUAACACCUCAGUUCUUCAUCCUUGUCUUCUCUAAUAGCCUCAUUAUAUUCAUCGCAUCAAUAUUUGGUCCUCUGCAUCGAUUCAUAAUAGUGCACGAACCUUACCAGAAGAAAAGAAUAGAACAGAAAUGGCUGAAGCUCCAUUGCAAGUGGUUUCUGUAUGAACCAUUCCCAAGGGAAACAAACCAAAAUGGCAUGCAAGAUGAUGCAAAAAGUCAUGGAGACACUAACCUGCAAAUAGAAAUCGAUUUAAUUAUCCACAGCCGGUGAAAGCAACAGUUUAUUUGAGAAGAAGGCUUCGAAAUUCCCUGCAACUAGUUCACACAAAGCCAUGAAAUGAAACAUUCUGGUGUGAGGGUUGGCGACAGUACAACAUUAUCCAAUGCAAACUUCGGGCUCAUGCAAUAACUUAUCAAAUACGAAAUAAAAACACCAAAAGCUUCCCAUAAAUUAUAUUUAAAAUAAAUUCAUCAAUCUAAAGCAAAUCAUUUAAAAUAUUUUUGAAAGUUUUGUUGGGUCUAGAGAUAAAAUAUAGCUUCUUCUUUGCGUUUGGUAUAUAAAUUAUUAGUUUCAAAAUUCAAGAUGUUUUCCUUAGCCUUCAAAAUUGAGAAAUUAUUUAGCGUUAUAAUCAUAUGUGUUUUAUUAUACACAGAUUAUAAACUGAGGAAAUUAAUAACAUCGGCGGUUACAUGGAAAAAUUACUCAUGAAAAACCAAAUUUAAAGUCCCAAAGAAAACUGUAUUUCCUACGAGUCCGGUACCACCAGAUCACCGAUUGCAUUGGAUAAGGAAAAGCCCAUUCCAUGGAAACAUUCAAACAAGUGUAAACUUGCUACCCAAAUAUCAUGGCGACAAUGCGACAAAACCUCCUACAUUUCCGAUAAAACACAAUACUCAAACCCAGAAAAUUUAUCAACUCAGUUGCUGCAUUCAAAAUUCAAUAUCCCACUGAAAAACAACCCAACAAAUUUUUAUAAAAAUCAAAUAAAAAUGGAAGCCAUUCUUUGUGCUUCUGGUUUCAGCUAGCUAACCACGUACAUUACGUACCAAUUUACCAAAAUGUCCAAAUUCGACCCGUACAACCACCUCAACAUAUCCCACGACCCCGCCACCGACACCCUGACCCGCCCCGCCACCACCCCCACGACGCCCACCAACACGGACCCCACCCCGGGGGACCCCGUCGUUUCCAAGGACGUCACGCUCAACCCGGAAACCCGAACCUGGGCCAGAAUCUUCCGACCCACCAAACUCCCGUCAAACGACAACACCGUGGCUCGGCUACCCAUCAUCAUCUAUUUCCACCACGGCGGCUGGAUCCUCCUCUCCGCUGCCGAUGCCGCCGCCCACACCAACUGCUCUCAGAUCUCCUCCGAGGUACCCGCCAUCAUCGUCUCCGUCAACUACCGCCUCGCGCCCGAGACCCGGCUCCCGGCCCAGCACCACGACGCCCUCGACGCCAUCCAUUGGGUCCGGGCCCAGGCCCAGGACCCGAAGGGCGAGAACUGGAUACGAGACUACGCCGACGUGUCCAGGUGCUACUUGUACGGCUGCGGGUGCGGGGGCAAUAUCGUCUUUUUCUCCGGCUUGAAAGCGUACCAGCUCCAGCUCGAGCCUCUGAAGAUCUGCGGGAUUAUUAUGAACCAGCCCAUGUUCGGUGGGGUGCCGAGGACUAAUUCGGAGCUGCGAUUCGCUACGGACCAGUUGCUUCCGUUGCCUGUGCUGGAUCUCAUGUGGGACCUGGCUUUACCGAAGUCGACGGACAGGAACCAUCGGUAUUGUAAUCCGAUGGCGGACGAAGUGCACAGGGAUUUGAUCAAACGGCUGGGACGGUGUUUGGUGAUUGGGUUUGGUGGGGACCCCAUGAUCGACCGACAGCAGCAGUUUGUGACGAUGCUGGUGGCUUGUGGGGUCAGGGUUGAUGCGCGGUUUGAUGAUCUUGGGUUCCAUAACGUUGACUUUGUUGACUCCAGGCGGGCCGCUGCCGUUUUGAACAUUGUUAAGGAGUUUAUCAUUUAGUUUUGAGGUUAUUAUUUUUGAAUGAGAAGGUAGGGCGGUUUGAUAACCAAUUCAUUUUUUGUGUUAGAGUAUAGAGAAAAAAGAGAAUGGAAGUGGGAAUGAAAAUAGAGAUGGGAUUGAGAGGGAAGAUGAGAAGGAAGAAUGAGAGAUCGAAACUAAAAACUGAAAUCUAUUUGAAAUUGUUUUCA